AUGACUAUAGAUGAUGUGCCGCCUUCUGAGGACGGGGAUCCGUACGUUCCCCAAAUGUACGCUAUAGCCUACCACCCAAAGGCUCUCAGCUAUAUUAUAUCGCUGGACAGGGCUACCAUAAAACCAGGCACAAACUUUGAUUUGUUGGUCUCGCAGACUAACCAAAGGUUGUUGGGCUGGCCCUACAAUACCGACUGUCGCAUCUAUCAGGAUCAGAAGCGUUGGCGAUGGUAUAAAUCCAAUUAUGAAUGCAUUGACAAGUGUUUGUCCCGGAAAUUGUUGCGGAGAUGCGGCUGUGUCUACAAACACAGCGAAGGCGAGCGUAUGACCAAAUGGCUACCAAACACAACGGACGCCAAUUGGAUGCAGUCCCGAAAGUUUUGCAAACAAAUCGUCAACAGCACUGACGUCUGUCACAACACUAAAGCCUUUGACCAGCAAAUCGCCAGACACUCGGAAUGCAGUAUAAAAGGUAUUUGUAAUAACGAUUGCUAUGAGGAGUACUACAGGUCUGAAGUGAAGGAAACCUUUUGGGACAAAGAUAUCGACGGCACGAAUGAGACGGAGAAAGACGAUGAUUACUACUUCUUCGGCGAAACGCCGCCGUUGUUCACGAAAGCCAUGAAAAACGAGUCGUUCGGCACUUUGAAUAUCAAACGCAAAGACGUGGCCGACAUUACCUAUGAGCACACUCGCGAAAUGAUUUUCGUCGAGUUUGUCUGCUAUUUCGGAGGGCUAUUGGGUCUAUGGCUGGGCGUAUCUAUACUCGACAUGUAUCACCAGUUGUUGGUCUGGUGGGGAGAGGCGCCCAUUGAGUACAGGAAAUGGUUGGACAGACAGAGGGUCCUAAUGAAUGCUCAGGUGAAGCCGGGUUCUGACAACAAAAAUGGAAACGUUUCUCUUAUUAGCGAUAAUCUGAAGACUUAUUUAAGUAUCGGGGAAAACGUGAGAAAUAAUGAUAAUAAACAAGAGAUCACAAAUGGUUAUAAUACUCAGUACGACAAUCAGUAUACCAGAUAUCAGUACAAUUAGACGGAUUAGGCUUAAGAGGUGUAAGUAUACCG